GGGGGAAAAAAAAAACAUCAAAGCGCCUACGGAAACCCUGCGCGCCAGGUCGCAAGAGCGGCAACCCUCACGAGGGGAGCGGGCUGGCAUCUGCAGAGCAGGUUCGCGCACGCCGCGGGCAGCCUGCGCAGCAGACCCGCGCGAAAAGGGACGAGGAGGAGGAGGAGGAGGAGGAGGAAGAGAAGGAGGAGGGGCAGCCGAGGGCCCGCCGCGAGCCGCACCGCCUCAGCUGGCGGCCCGCGGGAUCGCGGGAGCUCGCAGGCUGCAGCCGCAGGCCGGGCCCGCGAGGCCGCGAGGCCUCGAGGCGCGCGCGCUGGAGGGGAGUCCGCGGCCCUGCCAGGGCGCCCCCCCGCGGAGCUGCCCCCAGAGGGCGGCCGCUGCGUUGGGCCGCCCUCCCGAGGCGCGCGGCGGGCACCUCUACCGCCGUGGCGCCGCCAAUGCCGCGCCGCGGUGACGGGCGGCCCCAGCUUCCUCGGCGGCGAGGGGCGCUCCAGCGGCGUCGUUCGAAAGACCGCGCCUGUCCCUAGACCAGCGCCAGGACGCCCUCAGCCUCGGCGCUGGAGGAGCAGCCGCCCCCGAAGAACGGCGAGUACUUCUGCAGCAUCCUCCGCGAGACCUC